AUGGGCAAUAUUUCCACUCAUCAAAAUCUUUUUUGUGGAAAAAAUCGGUUAGUGGAGCGAAAUCCUCCGGAAUUAGAGAAGCUAUCAAAUUUGAGGCAGUUAUAUUUUGCCCAGAAUGAUAAUCUUAUUGGUCAAAUUCCAGAAGCUAUUUUCAACAUAUCUUCUUUGGAAAUCAUUGCUUUCAAUUUGAACAACCUUACAGGAAGAAUUCCAGCCACGACAGGUCUUCAUCUUCCAAACCUUAAAGAAGUUAACUUGGGAGUCAAUCAGCUUGAAGGGGAAAUUCCAUUGUUCAUAACAAAUGCUUCAAAGCUUGAGAUACUGAUGCUAAAUAAUAACUUUCUCACUGGAACUGUUCCUGCUAAUUUGGGAAAUCUUUGUGAGCUGCAAUCACUGUUCCUACAUACUAAUCAAGAUGCGAUUCUUGAUGACAACCCAUUUAAUGGCGUUCUUCCCAAUUCUAUUGGGAAUCUUUCAUCUACUAUUGAAAACUUCUACAUAUCAGAUGCACUCAUCAAUGGCCUCAUCCCCCCAGGUAUAGGCAACACGAGCAGUCUAACAGAACUAAAUUUUGGAGGAAACAACUUGGCGGGAAGUAUUCAUUCUGAAAUUGGGACACAUUACAGAGGCGGUACUAUUCCCAAGUCAAUGGGAAGACUCUCAUACCUUAAAAGCAUUAAUGUUUCAUUUAAUGAUUUAGAAGGUGAAAUACCUAGUGGUGGUGUGUUUGUGAAUUCCACUGUGCAAUCAUUUCUUGGAAACAAAGGUCUAUGUGGAGUGCACAUAUUGGAGGUUCCUGCUUGCACUAAUCCUGGACUACAAUCAAAGUUUAAGGAGCUAGUGCUAAAGGUUGUUAUUCCAGUGGUUAUUUCAUUCUUUCGGAUAUUCUUGUUGGUUUCAAUUUGGAUAUUCAAACGGCAGAAGAAAGGAAAGUCUAAAGAUGUGGAAAAGGUACCAGAUAUCAGGACUCAUCAAUUAGUUUCUUAUCACGAGACUCAGAGAGCAACAAAUUAUUUUGAUGAGUCAAAUUUAAUUGGUGUUGGAAGUUCUGGUUCUCUGUACAAAGGCACAUUAUCUAGUGGAAUUGUGGUAGCCAUAAUGAUUCUGGAUUUGGAAUAUGAGGAGGUAUGCAAGAGGUUUGAUAGUGAAUGUGAAGUGAUGACAACUGUUAGGCAUAGAAAUCUUGUGCCCGUGAUCACAACUUGUUCUAGUGACUAUAUAAAAGCCUUUCUUCUGCAAUAUAUGUCUAACGGGAGCCUUGAAUAUUGGUUGUACAGAGAAGACUGCCAAUUGAACUUCUUCGAAGAGUAA